GCCAAGCCGAGAAAUUGGAUCUUUUGCCCCACUUUACUUCUCCAUUGCCCCGAAAGGCUAAGCCACCAUGAAGCAUCUCCAUCUCGUAGGCCUCCUCCUGCUCUCCUGCACUUGUCCCCUACUAUGCGCCGCCCAGCGUGAAGCUGCGGCACUUGUGCGUUGGAAGGCUAGCUUGGAUGGUGCCGCUGAUCGGUCCCUGGGGCCAUGGUCGAUGGCCAACUCCACAAGGCUUUGCAGGUGGAGGUACAUCACCUGCGACUCGGCCGGCCACCUCACAGAGCUCAACCUCGGCGGUGCAACGCUGAAUGGUACACUCGACGAGCUCAACUUCUCCGCCUUUCCCCACAUGGAGGAACUCACCCUGUCCCGGAAUGAUCUGUACGGUACAAUUCCAGCAGGGAUUGGCAACCUGACGAGCUUGGUCGUGCUGCGGAUCCUCGACAACCCGUCUUUGAGGGGCGCCAUUCCUCGGACCAUUGGCCAGCUGAAGCAUCUUGCUGUGCUGGAACUGGAUUGUUUGGGGCUUGGUGGCUCACUACCUGAAGAGAUUGGUAACUUGACGAGUUUGGAGAAUCUCAAUCUCAACUUGGUUGUUUUGACUGGAUCAAUCCCGCCUACAAUUGGGAUGCUCGUGAAGCUCCGUGUGCUGGACCUGGAAAAUAAUAAUCUGACAGGGAGCAUCCCGAUGGAGAUCGGAAACAUGACGGAGGUGCAGUACAUGCACUUUCAAGAUAACUAUUUGGAAGGGGACCUACCAGGUACCAUCUCUCAUUUGAUAAAUCUCCGGGAACUGGAUGUUUCAGGAAAUCAGCUUGGAGGCCACAUCCUCCUGGAGUUUAGGAAUAGCAGCCUCCUGAAUAUGGUUGACAUUGCAAAGAACAACUUCUCCGGGAUGUUCCCGCCAUCCGUCUGCAUUGGAGGAGCACUGAGAUUUCUCGAUGCUAGAUACAAUGGAUUUACCGGCAUUCGCCAUCAGACCUUUCAAAACUGCACAACCCUGCAGUAUGUUGACUUCACGGCAAACAACAUUGUUGCAGAGCUAAGGGAAUGUUUUAGCGAUCAUCCAAAAUGGCUUAGCACCGUGGCUUUCAGUCAGAACCAACUGUACGGCACGCUUCUGACAGAUCAGGGUGAGGAUUUACUUUGUAACUUAACUAGUUUAAGCCUCCUAGACCUAUCAAGCAAUGCCUUGCAUGGAGAUCUUCCCAAGUGUUUCUGGGACUUGCCAAAUUUGGGAUUAGUGGAUCUGUCCAGCAACUCUUUCAGUGGUGUAGUUCCAUUCUCAAGGACAUGUCAAGAGAAUCUCAACUAUCUGCUCCUAGCCAAUAACCAUUUUAGAGGUACCUUUCCUCUGAGUCUUAAGAAAUGCAUAAACCUCGUUGCUCUGGAUCUUGGAGGCAAUAGUUUCUCUGGUACAAUACCUUCUUGGGCAAGCAUGAGUUUGCCUAAACUCAACUUUCUUCGACUGUCAUCAAACAUGUUCGGUGGCAUUAUACCUCAAGAGAUCUUACAAUUUCGCUUGCUCCGGGUAUUGGACUUGUCAAGAAACAAGCUCACAGGAUCUGUUCCAGACGAUUUCACGAAUUUAACUGCCAUGGCACAAGAACAGGAAAGCCCUGGCAUUAUAUAUGCUGACCCCGACUUUUUUGGAAAGCGAAUUCAUAUAGUUUGGAAGAAUGUAAACUAUGCUUACAGUCUGCAGAUAAGCGCCGUGGCAGGUUGUAUUCCCGAAGACAUUGGCAAUCUGGUACUGCUGGAGUCCUUGGACCUUUCUGGGAACCAACUCUCAGGGGAAAUUCCGCCAAGCUUGUCAGCUUUGAAGAGCAUCAGCGUGCUGAACUUCUCGAGCAAUGGUCUGUCAGGGAGGAUACCUACAGGCAGUCAGCUGCAGGUACUCGACGAUCCGUCGAUAUACAGUAAUAAUCCUGGGCUAUGCGGAUUUCCGUUGGAAGACUGCAUAAACUCCUCGACACCGGCACAAAGUGAAACAAGCCUGGAUGAAGAUAGAGAGGCGUUGUGGGUGUAUUGCUUUGUGGCUGCUGGGUUCAUCUUUGGGUUCUGGCUGUAUUGGGCAUCUUCUUUUUUCGCGGCAAGACCUGGAGGUGUGCAUUCUACCAGCAUGUGGACAACAUGCAAUCCAAGGUAACCAAGAAAGUAUACAGCCGCAUUUCGCGCUUUGGUGCUGAAGUAAAGGUGUGUGUGUGUGUGUGUGUGUGUGUGUGUGUGUGUGUGUGUGUGAUAUUUCCCUUCCUUGGUUUGUAGAAGAACUGCAGUGAGCAAGUUGUGUGUAUCUGCUGGUGCUUUGACAUGUACUCUUACAAGUCUGUUUAAGUAUGUGCUGCUGGAGCCAUGAGAAACCAGGUGAGGAAAGCAUCUUUCCGCUCUGUAAUAAGGAAUCUGUAAGUUGGCGUUGGGUGUCUUGUCUUCUUGGCCCUCGCCCAAGUAUUCGUUUUGUCACAUCAAGUACUAAUCAAACAAAUUUGUUAUCACCAGCUUGAAAAAUCUUAAGUCUGUACAUAUAUGCACUGCUGAUUUGACAAUGAUAUUUAUUUGCACAUUUCUGGACUGGUAUUUCCAUUAUCUUGUACCAGUCAUCUUGUCAUAAUUUCGUUGAACUGGAGGAAAAUCUCGCAAAUCUCGGAACAAAUAAGAAGUAGACGAACAAAAAUGCAAUUGGUACGAAGGUCUAUCGACAAUUAAUUGACAGCAAACGACCGAUCGAUCAGCAGCAGCGUGUGAACAAGCGGCAAAGAGGAGCGCGGUGACGGACGUGCGCCAUAUGGUGAAACAGAAAUGGACAGCUCCUGAUGGCCGUACUGAUCCGAAGAAAUGAUUUGAGGUACUGCCUUGGUUUCCUGGGAAAGCAG